AUGAACAUCUCAGAAAUGAUGGCCGGUGAGAACUCAUCGGAAUGGGUUCUUCAAGGCAUUGAGAUUGAUCAAAUGGUGGAUGUUCCCAUAGAUGACGACAGCGACGACGAGACGGAGAGCAUAAUGUCGAAAUCUUCCAAUGAAAUACUCUUGAAGAGAAGCAACCAGAGUGUAAGGAAGAGGAAUGGAGUCCAGGGCAGUGUUCCUAGGAUGGGAAGGAUGGCAUCAGGGGCUGCAAGAGGGCUUAAGAGCUUACGUUUCCUUGACAGGACAAUAACAGGGAAGGAAACCGAUGCAUGGAAGUCCAUUGAGAGACGCUUCAAACAGCAUGCAGUUGAUGGGAGGCUCUCCAGAGACAAAUUUGGAACCUGCAUAGGAAUGGGGGCAGAAUCGAAGGACUUUGCUGGGGAGUUAUACGAUGCCUUGGCUAGGCGUCGGAAGAUUAGUGCAGCUAACGGGAUUACUCUGGAAGAAUUGAGGAUCUAUUGGGAAGACAUGACUAAUCACGACAUCGAUUCCCGGCUUCAGAUAUUCUUUGACAUGUGUGACAAGAAUGGAGAUGGGAAGCUGUCAGAGGAUGAGGUGAAGGAGGUUAUAGUUUUGAGCGCCUCAGCAAACAAACUAGCAAAUCUUAAAAAGCAGGCGGCAGAAUAUGCAGCUUUAAUCAUGGAAGAGCUUGACCCUGACCAUCAAGGGUAUAUAGAGAUGUGGCAGCUAGAAACUCUACUAAGGGGAAUGGUGAGCUCCGAAGAAAACAAACAGCUUGCCAAGAAAACACAAACUCUAACAAGAGCCAUGAUCCCCAAGAAAUACAGAACUCCUGUUAGCAGAUUCGUAUCCGAAACAACAGAGCUUAUCCAUGAAAACUGGAGGAGAAUAUGGGUUAUAACAUUGUGGUUGACGGUUAACUUGGUCCUUUUUGUCUGGAAGUUCAACGAAUACAGGCACAAAGGGGCAUUCCAAGUCAUGGGUUCUUGUAUAUGCUUUGCCAAGGGUGCUGCAGAGACCCUAAAGUUCAAUAUGGCUCUCAUCCUCCUUCCUGUUUGCAGGAAAACCCUUACUAACCUUAGAUCAACUUUUCUCAGUAGCUUAUUUCCCUUCGACGAUAAUAUAAACUUCCACAAGCUUGUCGCUCUAGCAAUAGCAAUUGGAACCUUUGUUCACAUAAUAAUGCAUGUGAGUUGUGAUUUUCCAAGAUUGAUUUCAUGCCCACAAGGGAAAUUUAUGAUAAUUCUUGGGUCCGAAUUCAAUUACAAGCAGCCAAAUUAUGUAGAUUUGGUGAAAAGUAUCCCAGGUCUAACCGGCAUUCUAAUGAUCGUUAUAAUGACUUUCUCCUUCACGCUGGCACUGCAUUCGUUUAGGAAAAAUGUCAUCAAGUUACCAUGGCCAUUCCACCAUUUGGCGGGGUUCAAUUCCUUCUGGUAUGCACAUCACCUGCUGGUUCUGGCCUAUAUCCUCUUGGUCAUACAUGGCUAUUUCCUCCUCCUCACAAAGGAUUGGCACAGUAAGACGACAUGGAUGUAUCUCGUUGUACCUGUACUAUUCUAUGCUAGUGAGAGAGCUUCUACAAUAAUUAACGAAAUCAAUCACCGAGUCAACAUCAUUAAGGCCAUUAUAUACACAGGAAAUGUUUUAGCACUAUACAUUAGCAAGCCUCCAGGAUUUAAGUACAAAAGUGGAAUGUACCUUUUUGUUAAAUGUCCAGAUAUAUCAAGUUUUGAAUGGCAUCCUUUCUCCAUCACUUCAGCUCCAGGAGAUGACUACUUGAGUGUCCAUAUACGGACCUUGGGGGACUGGACUAAAGAGCUCAAAAACAGAUUUGCACAGGUCUGUGAGCCCCAAAGUACCCAAGCAAGAAGAGGAAGUCUCGUGAGAAUGGAAACUAAAGCACAUCCAAACUACGAGCAUUCACAAGCAGGAUAUCCAAGGAUCCUCAUCAAGGGACCAUAUGGAGCCCCGGCUCAGAAUUACAAGAAGUAUGACAUCCUUUUGCUCAUAGGUCUAGGUAUCGGGGCUACUCCAUUCAUCAGCAUUAUAAAAGAUCUCUUAAAUCACAUCAAGCCAAAUGACCUUGAAGAUACUAAACUAAUGCAGGAUUCAAUGCACAGCAAUUCUUUGGGAGCAAAUAAAAAAUGUCCUGAAAGAGCAUAUUUUUAUUGGGUAACAAGGGAACAAGGCUCCUUUGAGUGGUUUAAAGGUGUCAUGGAUGAUAUUGCAGAGUACGAUCACAAUCAUGUAAUAGAAAUGCACAACUACCUGACUAGUGUCUACGAAGAAGGAGAUGCAAGAUCUGCCCUUAUUUCCAUGGUGCAGCAACUACAACAUGCUAAGAAUGGAGUUGAUAUUCUCUCUGAAAGUCGGAUACGAACGCAUUUUGCAAGACCCAACUGGAAGAAAGUCUUUUCUGACUUGGCAAACACCCACCAAUCUUCUCGAAUAGGUGUGUUCUACUGUGGAAGUCCCACGCUUACCAAACCAAUAAAGAAACUUUGCCAAGAAUUUAGCCUAAACUCGUCAACUCGCUUCAAUUUCCACAAGGAGAACUUCUAGUUUAGCUAUUUUCAAGCUGCAGAACAUUUAGCAAACAGGACUUCUUUUUUUUUUUUCAAUU